GACAACACCCACAGAAAUGAAAAGUAACUGACGUGUUACUAUUCAAACGUAAACAUUUCUGAAGAUAUUACAAACCUCAUACAACAUUUGGAUCAUUCAAGAAAAAUGUCCCGUCAACAAGAAGUGGACGAAUUAUUCGAUGUCAAGAACUAUUUUUAUAUCGGAAACUUCCAACAAUGUAUUAACGAAGCUCAAAAACUUCAUAAGCCUUCUUCACCUGAAAUAGCUAUAAUGAGAGAUGUCUUCACCUACAGAUCUUACCUAGCACAAAAAAAAUACCUCGUAGUAUUGGAUGAAAUCAAACCUAACUCCCCCGAAGAGAUAAAACCUCUGAAAUUGCUGGCAGAGUACUUUUCUGAUGAGCACAAUCGUGAAAAUGUUAUUGUUCAGUUGGAUUCUCAACUAGUAGGAAGUGCAAAUGUCCCAUGCGAUACUUUUAUACUGGUUGCAGCUACCAUUUACUUGAAUGAGAAUAAUUUGGAUUCAGCCUAUAAGGUUUUGCACAACUCUGAGUGCCUAGAAGCCUAUGCCUUCAUUAUUCAAAUACUUUUGAGAAUGGACAGGUUAGAUUUGGCUAAAAAGAAACUCAAAGAGAUGCAAGAUAAAGAUGAUGAUGCCACUUUGACUCAACUAGCUCAAGCUUGGAUCAAUACCGCUCAUGGGGGUGACAAACUUCAAGAUGCCUAUUACAUUUAUCAAGAACUUGUUGAUAAAUAUGGAUCUACACCGCAACUUCUCAAUGGUCAGGCUGUUACAUUCCUUGGUCGUGCACAGUAUGAAGAAGCAGAAACCGUUCUUCAAGAAGCACUAGAUAAAGAUUCUAAUUAUUGUGAUACUCUCAUUAACAUGAUUGUACUCCAUCGAAAUACUGGAAAGGGCCCAGAGGUAUCAAACAGAUAUCUUUCACAGUUAAAAACACUGAACCCAAAUCAUCCUUACAUUCAAGAUUUGAACCAGAAAGAAGCGGAUUUCAAAAGGAUUUGUCAAAAGUAUAGUCCUUCUGUAGUUAAAGUCCCUGCUUGAAUAAAACGAUAAAGAAAGGAAAAUAAAAUUUAUAUAUACAUUGUUCAUAACAAAAUUAAUAAACAGUUUAAAUUAAGUUAA